AUUUGUAUCUAUUCAAUAUUCACAUAGCAAGUAGAGAAACACUUUCUGUAUUAUAUUCACUCUGUUUGGAGCAAUGGAGAGUCAAAUUGUAAGGCGAAGAGUUAACAUGAUUACUGCGCAUUUAACUGCACAUGAUGAUAUUUCCGCCUCCGCUACUCAUCUCUUUCCUAUGAGCUGUAGCAGUAGCUUGAAUUCUGCAUUUCCGAGGUAUGACAACAGAAUGAACUAUGCACGACAAAGUUCCAGUUCUCAAGCUUGUUUCAUGAGGCCUAAUUCAAGUGAACAGGGAAGCUGUACUGAAUCCGCCUCGUCUUUCAAGGCUAACGAUUAUGCCAAAAAGAGUUCUCGCGCCUUUGAAGGACCAAUGUUUUCUAGACCUGCAAAUAAUACUACACAAGAUUGCAAACACAAUGGAACUGCUGAAGAAGCUCCUAAAUUUGCUAGGCCACGUACAAGGACUGACGAAGCACCUCAUUUCCAAUUGAAAGAAAGAAGAAAUGAACUUGAAUCUAACGGGAGUGAAUGGUCUCCUAGGAUGGAUGUUGCAGAAUCUGGAAGCAUGUACGUUGUAUCUAUAGAACUUCCCGGUGUCAAUAUAAGUGAUAUAAAGGUAGAAGUCAGUGACAAAAGCUUAAUAGUUUCUGGAAAUCGUUCAACUCAGUGUAAACUGGCAUCAUACUUGAAUGGCUUGGUAUCAGCCUAUCACAAAAAGGAGAUUGUUCAGGGACCAUACCGAGUUUUCUGGCCUCUUCCAAGUAAUGCUAAUAAAGAUCGCGUCUCUGCUGAGUUUGUGGACGGACUUUUACAGAUUGCAAUCCCGAAACUUUGAGAAACAUAGCAAAGACAGAGA